AUGCGAAACAACACCACCGACAUGUCUCUCAUCCGAGCCUUACUCUGGCUGGUUCCAGCUCGCAUUCCGCCGUUUCAGAGGACCUUGAUGGCCUCAGGACGCCAGAACCUAAAGGAGGGCAACACUCAUGACCCGGAACAAGGCGUGGAAAACGCUAAGCACAAGCAAGAUGGGUUGGAAAAACAACAGAAGGGCCUAGGUCAUUGGAAGCCUGAGUUGGCGAGUGAAAGCGAGGAAGUGAUUUUUGCAGAACGACACCGUAGCAGCAAGACGAUGGACGAAUUGCAGAAGCAGACGGUCCACAUUGCUGAGGAGAAGACAAAGAGCGGAACCAGUCAAGGAUCAGGUUUCUAA